ACGCCCAUAUAAAAUACAUAUCUAAACACAACCCAUUCCACUUUCUUAAACUUGGAGUUUAAAAAAAUUAAAAAAAAACAUCAAUCAUCAAUCAGUCACACGCUUUUCUCUGCACUACUACUCUGCUACUUGCUUGCUUUUUCGUUCGCAUCGUCGUCUUGAGACAAGGAAGAACUAGGUCUAGCUAGGAUUUUGCCCAAGAAAAAAACAAAGGGAAGAAAAAUGGGUUUUGAGGGAUUGGAACGAAAACCUAGGAUGAGAGUGAUGGCUAUGCCUUCGCGUUUCUCUUUUUCGGUACCACCAGAUUUGUAUUGCAAUAUGGAUGAUGAUGAUCAUUACGAUUCUGAUAAUGACAUCUCUGAUGAUAUGGUACGCGACCAUAAUUUUGAGUCCCGGAUGGACGAUCAUGAUCUUCUUGAUUAUGAUGAUGAUGAUGAUGACCCAUCUGAAUGUGAAUGGGAUGAUGAUCAAUCUGAUGUUGUUGGUGACGAACAUGAACAUGCUGUUGAUGCUGAAGAGGAGGAGGAGGACCCAUCUGAAUGUGAAAGUGAUGAUCAAUCUGAUGUUGUUGGUGAUGAACAUGAACAUCUUGAUGAUGCUGAAGCUCAACAGACUCACUCUAUUACAUCAACUGGAUUACCCGACUAUUAUACCCCAUCUUCACCGGAAUAUACCCCAUCUUCACCGGUUUAUACACCAUCCUCGCCCGAAUACACCCCAUCUACACCCGUAUAUACUCCCUCUUCACCUAUUUAUACCCCAUCAUCGCCGGAAUAUACCCCAUCUUCUCCCGGCUAUACUCCAUCUUCUCCCGGCUAUACCCCAUCCUCGCCGGCCUACACUCCAUCUUCUCCGGGAUAUACUCCAUCUUCUCCCGGCUAUACCCCAUCCUUGCCGGGCUACACCCCAUCUUCUCCGGGCUAUACUCCAUCCAGGCACUUUUAUACCCCAUCCUCAACCCAAUACUAUACUCCAACUUCAUGGAUUUACACUACAUCCUAGCUCAGUGAGUUCCAAUUGAAUAAGCUCGAGGCUUAGAUUUUGUUCUUUCUUGUAUUUUUGGUUUUGUUGCAUCCAAUAGUACCAAUUACAAUGUGAUAUAGUUAUUUAAUACGUGCAAAUUUUUUCUAUCGUUCCUUUUGUUUACCCUUUAUCUAUUUUUUAUUUCUUUCUUUCUUUGGAAAAUUAAGACCCAAAAAACCACCAAACUGACUAAAAAGAAACAUUGCCAGAGGAACAUUCACCCCAUAU